GGGAAACACAAGAGACUGAAGAUUUAAAGGAGAAUCCAUAAUAAGUUUGCUCACAUCCAUUUAGCACACGGAGGUUUUAUGUUUGUUUACUCGGCGUUUAUUUCAUGUUGAUUGGAUUACUAAUAAUCGCGAAGGUUAAAAUUUAACGGGGUUGGGGAGGGGGGUCAACAUGUCGAUCCAGUACGAGGCACCGCUGGCGGACAGCUACGGGGUGGCGGACUCGUUUCCCAAAGAUUUCGGAUAUGGGGAAGAGGAGGGAGACAUUGAGGACAGUCCUACUCCCUCCGACAGUAAACCAAGAAUCCUGCUAAUGGGGUUGAGGAGGAGCGGGAAGUCCUCUAUCCAGAAGGUGGUGUUUCAUAAGAUGUCGCCCAACGAGACCCUCUUCCUGGAGAGCACCAACAAGAUCUAUAAAGAUGACAUCUCCAGCAGUUCCUUUGUCAACUUCCAGAUCUGGGACUUCCCUGGUCAAGUGGACUUUUUUGAUCCAACGUUUGAUUACGAGAUGAUCUUCAGAGGAACUGGGGCUUUGAUAUUUGUCAUCGACGCACAGGAUGACUAUGUGGAGGCUCUUAGUCGACUCCACCUAACAGUAUCACGAGCCUACAGGGUGAACCCUGAGAUCAACUUUGAAGUGUUCAUCCAUAAAGUAGAUGGCCUGUCUGAUGACCAUAAGAUCGAGACCCAGCGAGACAUACAUCAGAGGGCUAAUGAUGACCUGGCAGAUGCAAGCUUAGAGAAACUACAUCUCAGUUUCUACUUGACAAGUAUAUACGAUCACUCCAUCUUCGAGGCCUUCAGUAAAGUUGUCCAGAAGCUCAUCCCUCAGCUUCCCACGCUGGAGAACCUUCUCAACAUCUUUAUAUCUAAUUCAGGGAUCGAGAAGGCCUUCCUGUUUGACGUAGUCAGUAAGAUUUAUAUCGCCACUGACAGUUCACCGGUGGACAUGCAGUCCUACGAGCUCUGCUGUGACAUGAUCGAUGUGGUCAUUGACGUGUCUUGUAUUUAUGGGUUAAAAGAGGAUGGCAGUGGCAGCGCAUAUGAUAAGGAAUCUAUGGCCAUCAUCAAACUCAACAACACCACAGUGCUCUACCUGAAAGAGGUCACCAAGUUCCUCGCCCUGGUCUGCAUCCUGAGAGAAGAGAGCUUUGAGCGCAAAGGAUUAAUAGACUACAAUUUCCACUGUUUCCGGAAAGCCAUUCAUGAGGUGUUCGAGGUGGGAGUUUCCACCUCAAGGACCAGCAACCAGCCAGUUGGCACCCCUCUUAUGAAAACUGUUGCCUUAAAUGGAACCCCAAGGAGCACUGUGUAGAGAGAAGGUGAUAAAGACAAUGAUGAAAAGUGUGGAGAUGAUGGAUGAGGUAAUAAAAGAGAAAGACUACAGGAUGGGCCGCAUUCUGAAUAUGCCGACCAUCAUUAAUGCUCCUGGAAGCUUUAUAAGCAAAAGAGUCACUAAAACAAACAUGCUGCAGUGUGUGGGGCAGAAAUGUAAUGUGGGUAAGCUUGCAAAGUCACGCAUGCAUGGAAGGGAAGAGGCACAAAAGGAGGUGGAACACUUUUUUUGUGACUAAAAGGCAUUAACAAACUGUUCCUCAAGAAAACAUGAUAAACAAAGUGCAAGUCACUGGGGAAAAAAGCACAGCAAGAAACCUCUCACCCUGUCAAGCUGAACCGCCUGACAACUUGGAUGAAUGCUGUAUGAUAUGUUGCUGGUCACUUAACACAGUAGCCAAGUUUAAACUGGUUUACUCCUAAACACAUGAAUGUGGCAGACGUCUGUGAAAAUUUUGCGGUGCACAACAAUAUUGAGUGUAUACUUCUGAAGCCUUACGUAGAGUUGUCCUAAUGCAAGCCCCUAAUGCACAUAUGCACACUCGGUCACCCAAAUGUUUUGUGUAUGAAAGGGAUUGAAAUGUGGUUUAAUGUGUCUCGACUGUGGGAGCAAAUGUAUGUGUGUGGUGGGUGGGUGUUGUGUAUGCACACUGGCUUGGGGCCCAGAGAUGUUGUGACGUCACACACAAGACUCUGAAGUAUGAGGAGUUGUGCUGUUCCAACUGACCUCUGGGACACUGUGAUUGCACUUACCUCAGAGGAUGUCAGGGAUCCUAACUAACAAAAUUCAAACUGCUAUUGCUGUACUGUUGCCCUUUAGUUACGUUACAGCAUCUUUGGCGGAUAGAUCAUGCAAUCCUAGGACAUUGUAGGAUGAACCUUAAUUACUUACAUUCCGGUUCUGAGGUGCCAAUGCAGUUUAGCUCACAUUAAAACUCCAUAAUCUUUGCUUUCACUUUACCCAAUCACCAAUCAGCAUGUUGUUUUUAAUUCUGAUGAAAUCUGCUGUAAAAUAAAGAUAUUAAAGAUGGCUGAAGUGGCAGGACAUUUGAAUCAGUUAAACCCAUUCCAAGCAUGUCCGUAGAGAUGCUUCAUUUUGUCUUACAAUCAGUUCAGUAUAAUCUAAUUUUGUUUAACAGCAACUGAAUUAACUUUAAAGAACACAAAACACAUUUAUCUUCAAGCUUGCUGGUGAUUUCUUGUUUCUCAGACUACAUAGGCUUAUAGGAUACACGUUAUGCCUGUCUAGCAUUUUGCCAAAGGUGUUAUCAUUUAUGAGAAAUAAAACACACACUGAAAACAGUA